AUGGCCCGCGCGCCGGAACCGAUAAUAGAUGAUGCCAAGUUCUUGACGCCAGCCUUGACGAGUAUUACCGAGUCCUUGUCUCUUUUGGGUCUGAGUCCCGAAACUCUCGCCAUGAGUCUAGGCGAGUCUUUGGCCGAACGGUAUCUGGCCGCUCUCCGACCCAAGCCGGUGCCCCUGGCUUCCUGCGGCGCCCCUCGCCGCCAACCUCUCAAUGAACCCUCCAACCUUCAAUUGUUCUCCAACGACUUCAUCGAUUAUCUGAACCAGAUCGCGGUAUCAUUGGCUAUCACGCUCCUAAUCCCAUCACGCCAUCACGUUAUCACGACACUUCAUCACGUCACGUCAUCCGCAUCACUACACCUCAUCUGUCAUUCGUCAUCAGGCACGUUUGAGUGGCGGCGAACUGGCUGA